GCCUCCCAAUUGCCACUGUCACCCAAAGGAAGCGAAAGCUUGGAAGUACGCAUGCGCAUCAUGUUGGUGCCAGUUUCUAAGCAAAGCAACUUUUGUUCCUGGUGAGGAUUGGUCUUCAGGAGUAAGGAGGGGAUGAUGGUUGUCUUCUUGGUGAUGGAUCCUUAUAAGUGAAGUGAAGGAGGAUUUCUAAUGAGUGUGCAGAUCCAGCAUGUACUGGAUGUUUGCCUCCAUCUCAGAAUGAGCAAACAAAAGAACACAAUGUAUGUUGGUCAUACAACAAACCUUGAUCAGUUUGAUCCGGAUAUCAUUGCUGAGACAGAGAAGCUGUUUCAGAAGCAAUUUCUUUAUGCCAAGCCACCCAACAACGAAUGGCAGCUGCCUGAUCCCAACCAGGCUUUUACCUGUGAUCACAAAGAGUUCAGUUCUCUUGCAGCUCUGAAAAAUUCUCUGAAUGAAGUCAAAAACAGGCUGAGUGAUAAGAAGUUAGAUGAAUGGCAUCAGCACACUUCUUUCACCAACAGAGCAGGGAAGAUAAUUGCUAAUCUCAAGAAGUCUGCAAAUGCCGAACUGUGCACCCAGGCGUGGUGCAAGUUUCAUGAGAUCCUAUGCACCUUUCCUGUGCUCCCAAGUGAAGCACUUCAAAACGGAGAGCUCAACUCCAUCCAUCUCUGUGAAGCGCCAGGUGCUUUUAUAGCCAGCCUUAACCACUACCUCAAGUCUCACCGUAUCCCUUGCGAUUGGAACUGGGUUGCCAAUACCUUGAACCCGUAUCAUGAAGCGAACGAUACCCUCAUGAUGAUUAUGGAUGAUAGACUUAUUGCAAAUACCUUGCCCUGGUGGUAUUUUGGCCCUGAGAACACUGGAGACGUCAUGACCCUGAAACAUCUCACGGGAUUGCAGCGUUUCAUCAGCAACAUGACCACUGUUCACCUGGUCACAUCCGACGGGAGUUUCGAUUGCCAAGGAAAUCCAGGUGAACAGGAAGCCCUCGUUUCCUCUUUACAUUAUUGUGAAACUGUUACUGCUUUAAUGACCCUUGGGCUCGGAGGCUCCUUUGUUCUGAAGAUGUUCACUUUGUUUGAACAUUGUUCCGUCAACUUGCUAUUUCUGCUGAACUGUUCUUUUGAGGAGGUCCAUGUUUUUAAACCAGCCACCAGUAAAGCUGGGAACUCCGAGGUGUAUGUGGUUUGCCUUUGCUACUUGGGCAGGGAGGCUGCUCACUCAUAUUUGUCCAAAAUGAUGCAGAACUUUGGGACAGAAAUGGUGGAGAAAGCCCUUUUCCCUCAACACUUAAUUCCAGAAUCCUUCCUUAAAGUUCACGAGGAAUGUUGUUCGUUCUUCCACAGGCACCAAACCGAGACCAUUUCAGACAAUCUCAGACUCUUUGCGUCCAUGGAUGAGGCAGAACGGAAAAGGCUAAAUGUUUUACGGGAUUGUGCUGUAGAGUUUUUCCUGCAGAGGUUCCAAGUGAAACCCAUUGCUAGAAAUAAUUGGUUAGUGAAGAAACCCCGUGCUGGCUGCAGCUUGAAUGCUAAAUGGUGUGGACAGAGGAACAGAUAUUUCUGUACAUACAAUGAAAGGAAGUUGAUGGAGUCCCUGUCGUGGGAAAAUAAAGUAAUGAAGGGCUGUCUUAACUACUGGGCUGAAGAGCACUCUUUUGGUAAUGCUGGCAAAAGUUGUGUUUUAGAAGGGGGAACUUGUAGCCAGGACUAUGACUUGUGGUAUAUCUUGGAGGGGCGGAGGUUGCCAAAAGUCACAUGUUCUCCCUUCUGUGAUGGUGAGGCCUUGAAGAACCUCAAUGAAGCCUUGGAGAAAUCUUUAGUAGGACAAGCAAGUGCUGAUGCCAUCAUGAGACUGACCCAGCAAGAAUGCCCGUCUUGCCACGUUCUUACAGAAUGCAUGAUGCUGUCUGAAUUGGCAGACCUUAUGGAACAUCGUUGUGAGCAAGUUUCAAAUGAAGAUGGUAUUAUUGACCAGAGAAUAUGCUUGGUUGUAGGCUUCUCAUCAUUUUGUGAUGCUGAGAGCCAAUCUGGUUUAGAAGUUAAACUCCUGGAGUCAGGCUCUCUCUCGACUUUCAGCUGUUCCUUGCUUCAUGAUGGAGAUCCCAAGUAUCAGCAGCAACUUUUGGAGUGUCUCUUGUAUUUGCUUCCCCACCUUCAGAAAGGAAAUGCUUUGGUGCUGCCUAUUCUUUCCUGUUUUACACGCUUCGUGGCUGGCUUAGUUUUCAUACUGCACAGCUGUUUCCAGCGCAUAUCAUUUAUCUGCCCCACUUCAUCUCAGCCUUUAGGAACCAGUGCAGCACUGCUGUGUGUUGGCUAUCAAGGUCUUCCCGAUCCAGUUUUCCAAUACUUGCAGCAACUAAAUAAACUCAUGAGCACCUUGCUGGACUCAGACUCCCCACAGCAGAUCUUGCAAUUUGUGCCUAUGGAAAAUCUUCUAAAGGGUUCAUUCCUGGAGUUCUUAUGGGACCUGAACACUGCCAUUGUAAAACAACGGUUGCAUCUGAUUAUCCAAAUUGAACAGCAGCAACGAACGUGAUAUUUUGUUUGAAACAGCAGAUUUUCAUCUUAUUUCAACAGUCCCUUUCAUCUUAUUCCUCUUAAACAUAACAAACAAUGAGGUAUGGGGUCUUUUCUGCUGUCUCUUGUGCUUUAAACUACACUGCUAGUUUUAGCACCUGCUUAUAGCCACGUGAGCCUGGGUGGAAAAUCCACAAUGUGGUAGAAACAUCUAUUUGAGCAGAGGAAAGCAAAGUAUAGCACUCUAGAUGUCUUGUAGGGCAACUCCCAUUAGCUCUAUCCGGCAGAGCCAAGAAUGAGAGAAGACGGCUUUCCCCACUGUGCUUUCAAUUCUGACCAAAUCAUUCUUCAAAAGUGACAUUGGCUUCCAACAUAGCCACACACAGUUGAAUGUCUCUCCUUCAGUAUGAUUCCACACAACUGAUAUGUGAGGGGGAGAGAGUAUGUCACCUGGGCACCCCAAGCAGUGCCCAGCCAGGAGAAUUAACAUAACUUUGAUCAUAUUAUCUUGUGGCUGCAUAUGCAGGGACUCUGGUGGAUGUGUCAGGAGGCUGGAAGCAUCAUCCCUGCUUCCACCAAGGCUUCUAGAAGCAGCAAAUUUUCUGGUUUGCUAAACUUUAGUACUGCUAAAUGUUUUAGAGCAACCUCUCCAGCAAUGUUAAACUAUUAGACCACAGGAGCCAUCUUUCACAAACAGCAGAGUGACUAGGCGCAAUUGGUUUUGCAAUCCAGCACAUCUGAAGGGUUCCUGAAUGAGAAAGAAUGAAGGUUUUUAAAUGGGAUAUUUCUGUAAUGGCCAGCAGCCUCAUUCCAAUUGUGUUAGGUCUUUCUGGAUUGCCUUUCUUCUUGGACCACCCCUGGGAUAUUUUGGAAGCAUUGUUUAAAUUAAUAUGAAGGAAACUCCAGCAUUGGAAGUUAACUACCAGGCUAAUAUACAUAAACUUGGGUUCUCUCUAGUCUUUGCUUCCCAUCUCUGUAUGCCAAAACAAGGGUGGUAAUCAUAUGGUCCUCCAGAUCUUGCUGGGCUUCAAGACACUAGUAGCCCUGGUUAUCACAGCCAGUAAUGAAGAAUGCUGUGAGUUGCAGUCUAAUGACAUCUGGAAGGUCAUAGUAUUUUAAUAAGGGAUAAAUGAAAUGCUGGACUAAGAGGCCAAUGUGAAUUUAUUGGAUUUACUUAAAUGUUUUUUCAUAGAUGUUUUCAUGCAGUUGUUGAAAGACAAAGAUUGGAUUCUAGCUACAUUAUAUACCAACAUUCUGGUGGGAAAAUGUUAAUGUAUUGUUCUAGUAGUACACGAGCAGCAAGCAACUAUUACGUAGCUGUCAACCAGAAUGAGAUUUCGAGAGCGCCAAACUCUUUAUAGGAAUAGUUUUUCCAUUUGAAAACUAACUUGUGUUUCAAUGCCAAGCAAAAGUCUUGAAGUAUCGGCCACUUAGCUUCUCUUGAAAAGUCUCAAAUAAAACAAAAUGGGUAACACAACAAAGCUAUACUUCUGAUGUCUCUGAAUACAAAUAUUCAGGGGCAAACACACACUGGUCCCUGCCAAAUAGUUCCCAAAUGACAGGAGGAAGAAAGAAUUUCCACGUUCUCUUUUCCUCCUGAUAACCCUUCUGACAGUCAUUCCAUCCCCACUGAAGCUGCAUCUGUACUAUAGAUGCAAUGCAGUUUGAGAUCACUUUAACUACCAUGGCUCAGUGCCCCGGAACCCAUGGAUUUAUAGCUUGGUGAGGUACUAGCGUUCUUCAGCAGAGAAGGCUAAAGACUUUGUCAAAACCACAACUUCCAUGAUUCCAUAGCUUUGAGCCAUCGCAAUUAAAGUGGUGCCAAACUACAUUAAUUCUACAGUGAAGAUGCAAUCUUACAUAUCUCACAUAUCAGAUGGAAAUGACAGGAGGGAAAAGAAUUUCAUAGGGGACAUAAAGUGGAGGAAAGGGUCAAGUACACUUCUUUGCCAUUACUACACUGCAAAUGGCAUUUUUUUCUUUUACUUCAAAUUAAAUGCUACAAUUUUGUGGCUUUUCCAUAGGAUCUGUUUCUAAAACUCUGUUGCCUUUCAAACAUUCCGGACACAGAUGUCCACAGAAAUAAAUAUUGCUUUGCAGCUGCCAAAGAGUAAAGUUUACUAACCCCUGUUCUCUAGAAUCAAGAUUUCCCUUUCCCCAACUUUGCAUUUCUUUAUGUUUAUGCAGAUGUAGCCAGGUAUUUCCAGACUGGGGUUUAAAGUUAAGUCAGUUUAGCAUUUCUUAAUGAUUCAUUUAUUCUCCAAGUGAUUACCUUCUUAAUUUUGAGAAUUUUAAGCUCAGAACAGGAUGACUGUUUUGGAACAAAGACCUGGAAGUUUACAGCCUAAUGUUGUUUUGACCAGGCAACUUUUUAUUUCUGCUUUGAGCUUUUCUGAAUUAUGGGUGCAAUGAAAGUUUGAUUUAGCAGAAAGACAGGAAAAUGUUUCUUUUAUAUUUUGAGAAUAAAGCAUCUAUUCUCUGUG